CCAAAAAUAGAUGGUUUAACAAAUUCUAAAUAAAAAUAGAUAAUGCAAACAAUUAUAAAUUAUGUAUUUACAAAGUGCUUUCCAGAAAGAACAAAUUCAAAAUAAAAAAAUAGACAAUGCAAACAAUUAUAAAAACUCUUAAAACUAAAUGUAAACAUGGAUGAAUAUAUUUCUGUGGACAUUGUUUAAAGCGUUAAUGUCCCGCUGCGUCCUCUCGCUGCAGCGCUGCAGUUCCCCGCUCGGCCGCUCGGCGUCGCUGUUUCCUCCGCAGACGGACUCUCCGCUCGGUCACCGACUCUAAUGUUGUGAAAACCUCUCAAAGUGUUGUUUCGCGUUUCCGGGACUCUCGCGGAGGUCUGCUCGGUGUCUGGACCAGCUGGAGGGGGGGCCGCGGGACCGAGUCUCCCUGAGGACGGGGUUCGGCGGGGUUCUGCUCUCCGGACGGGUUUUGUUGCCACUACAGACCCGCAGUUAGCUCCGCAGCUAAGCCGCAGAGGUCCCGUGGCCGCGCGGACUCCCGUGCACGGUUCCCCCGGGACCACACGUGGCGGACCGGCCCGCAGCCGCACACGGACCCGGGGCGGUUCGGGGGGACAUGUGGUAGAGACACGCCCGCUCCACGGCGUUCAACCCCGGGGAGAUCUGCUCCGUGAGGCCUGCGGGUUCGGGCUUCCAGCGGGCUCGAGUAGAGCAGCGACGCCGCCACCAGCAGGUCGCAGGCCGGCUGCCGGCGCUGCCGCCGCGGACCCGGGCGGGAUGGAGCGGAUGGAAGUGGACCAGUGCGCAGGCGCAGCUGGAGGGGCGCUGCGCAGGUCGAACAGCGCCCCCAUGAUCACCAGCGUCAGUGACGGGAUGACGGUCUUCAGUCCGGUGUCUCUGGCUCGAUACAGACGCAGCAGUGUGUCCAUCAACCCCAGCUGCCCUUCACAGCUCGUCCCCCUCUCUCCCUUCUCUCUGACCGGAGACAGAACCGAACACAAGAGGCAGGAGGAGAACAUGGAGAUGACGCUCAGAGGAAGUCUGCAGAGACUAAGUGCUUCCAGUCUGAUCCCAGUUCCUCCAGUCAGUCAGUGGCACAACCACGCGUCAGUGUGGUUCCAGUCCCAGGACAGCGGCGUCACGCCAAACUCCUCCCCGAGUCCCACCAGGAGGUUCAGACCAGCAGUCAGCGCCACCGUGAGAUGGCCGGCAUUAACUCCACUCAAGAGGAAAGGAGGGGUGGAGUCUGACGGACCCCCAAAGAAGCUUUUUGUUGCCGGGGUAACAGAUCCCGCCCACCGCAGCAGCUACACUGUCAGUGUCUCUCAGUCGGCGGCGGACUCCCCUCCUGCUGGAGGCGUCAGCCCUCAGUCCAGCCCUCUGUCUCUCUCUCCUCCCCCGUCCUUCACCCCCUUUACCUCCCACCAGCAUCCCGGACACUAGAACCCACCUCACCCCCUUUCCUCACCCAGAGUCCCCACCCUGACACUGUGGGUGCAGACCGACCACCAGCACCAACCUGGAGGAACAUCGACCCCCAUCGCACCUUAUUUCUGCUCCAAUCAUCUGCUAGCAUCGCUGUAAGUCCCGCCUCCUUCCUGCGACCACGUUGGACGGACAGAAGAAUCAUAGGAAGUUGAAGAUCAUUGUUGUGGAAAAAUAUCUGUUUUUGGAUCCUUGGAUAUUUUUUCUGCAGCCUUGAAGAAACGGACAGAAACUUUAUUGAAGUUUCUGAUCUGUCGCCACUUGUUUCUAUUGGUCGGAUGGAUAUUUAACACA